AUGGCAGAUAUGGUGGGGAUGGUUGCAAGGGCUGUCCUCGCUCGUAGCCUGCGCCGUCGUCCCUUCGCCCAGUCUGAUCCCAUCGCCUCUUUAGCAUCUUCCAACUGCAUCCGUGGCCUUAACCUCCCGCAUCUUCCUGCGGUUCUCCUCCGCGUCCUCCGCCGUCCCCCUCCUCUCCCUCUGAGCGCUCUGCUCCUCAUUCUCCUCUCGGUUACCCGCCAUCGCGUCCAGCUGUGGCCCUCACAGGGCGCGCUCGCUGGCUCUCACCUGACAGGUCCCUGGCCUCAGGACGACAGCCAGCACCAACAAUCUCCCUACAUGAGGGACAAAGCGACGCAGACCCCCAGGGCCUGGGCAGAUGAGAGGAGGAGGGGCUCUCACAAACGCUCGGCCUCCUGUGGGAGCACCGAUCAGCUCAAGGAGAUUGCCAAAUUGCGUCAGCAGCUCCAGCGCAGCAAACGCAGCAGUCGCCAUCGGAGGGAUAAAGAGCGCAAGUCCCCUUUCAAUGGCAGUCACACCAUCAUCCAGUCGCAGUCGCCUAUGCCCAAGACGAUCCUGAUACCCAUCCCGAUAUCCAAGUCAUCUGCGCCUCGUUUCCGCAACAGCGUGGAGGGCCUUAACCAGGAGAUCGAACGCAUCAUCAUCCGGGACACCCCUGAAAAGGACGAGACCAUCGUUCCACAGGAUGUCCCAGAUGGACACCGCGCGCCCCCUCCCGUCCCCCCACAGCGCAGCAGCAGCACCCGCAGCAUCGACACGCAGACUCCCUCAGGGGGCGGCCUGAGUGGUAACCAUAGCAACUGCAGUAGCCGUCCCGACUCCAUCUCGCCCUCCUACCUCACCGUCCUCAACGACACGGGCGGAGGCAGCCCCUACGAGGACAAAGAGCUCGGACCCUGCUCCCCGCUGCCCAAAUACGCCGCCUCUCCUCGACCCAACAACAGCUACAUGUUCAAGAGAGAACCUCCAGAGGGCUGCGAGAAGGUCAAAGUGUCUGAGGAGACCAUGCCCAAACCUCUGCAGGAGAUCCCUCCGUUCUUGUGUCCCGACCGCAACAAGGUCAACUUCAUCCCCAACAGCGGCUCUGCCUUCUGCCUCGUCAGCAUCCUUAAGCCCUUACUCCCCGCCCCGGACCUCAACUUCCGCUCCGGGGUGGGCCUCCGAAGCCUGUCCCCGUCCCUCGUGCCUCUGUCCACCCAGCCCUGCCUCCUGGAGGAGCCCGAGAGCUUCUGACGGCCCACGGCAGCCCCCGCCCCCCUCAAAAAUCAACAAAAUCAGAAAACAUUUCCUAGGAAACCCUUCUGCUCCAAAAAAGAAAAAAAAGAAAAAUGCCUUCAGCAUGCCAGCUAAGCUCUCUCUGAUGUCCUUAUCUUGUUGAAAAAGCGCUUCCCACUGCCUCUCCUCCUCAGACGACUACAACGUGAGAGUCCUGCAGCCCCGUGCGCGGGUCUGCAGCUAACAUUUCAUCGCUUUCUUCUACCUUUAGUGCUGGUUAUGUUCCUGUUUUUUGGGAGGAAAAGGGCGAAAGGACAGACUCAAUUUUAUUUCAUCGUAUUAUACCAUGGCGCCUUUCCACGGACAUAUCUCUUUUUCUAUCUGUAGUUAUUUCUCUUGAUAUAUAAAAUAUGCCUUCCAUUGAUUUAAAAGGAAAAAAAAGAAAAAAAAAAGGCCGCUGGUUUCCUUGCCGGCCGAGAGUUUGACCACAGAGGCUAAUAUUGGUGCUGCCAGAUUUAUCGUAGCAAAACUUGAACGGUCGCGACAAAGGAGAAGUUUAAAAAAAUGUGCCUGAUAUUUUAGACCGCUCAGUUUCGCUAAACCAGCGUAGUGCUCGGAUCAUGUUUGUUUCUUUAGCACGACACACAUGAUGUUUGCACUACGGUGGCCAUAGAUACACACGGACGAGGCAGGGACACGCAGGAAAUAUACCAGUGAGGUGGGACGCAGCCCAAACAAGACAUUUUCUGACCACCUGUCGUCUAAAACCAGACAUCUGUUUUGUACUCUUAUCUAUGGUGGCUCUGAGGGUCAAAACAAUUCAACAUUUAAGAAAAACACUACAUUUUCCAAAACAAAGUAACAUUUCCUAAAAAAAAAACAAAAAAAACUACA